AUGGUCUAUACACUUUUUCACAUAAUCAAGCAGGUCCGCUCUGCAGGCACUGGCGCGACCCUUGCCGACAUUAAGCUUUACAGUCCCUACCACCGAGACCAAAUAGCGAUAUGGAACUCUUUCGCUCCAAAACACGCGCAGUCAACAGCGCCGCAGCUCAUCUCGCACUGGGCACAAUCAGCUCCAACUAAGAUCGCUAUCGAGGCUUGCGACGGCGUGCUGACGUAUAGCCAGAUUGAUAAAUAUGCUUCCGCUCUGGCACUCCACAUCCAGUCCAACCUCGCCUUGUCACCUGCCGAAGAGACGAUCGCCAUCUGCUUCUCGCGAUCCCGCUGGGUGCCUGUCACUAUGCUGGCCGUGCAGCAGUUGAAACGAGCAUAUUUAGCUCUAGAACAAAGCCAUCCAACUCAGCGCCUCUUACAGCUGGUGCAACAAGCCGGAGCAUAG